AUGGCGCACUUGAGCAACGUCGGGUCGGCCGAGUUGGCCCCUGGCGAGGGCAUGAACUCGUCGCACCCGUCCACGGCGUGCCCGCCCAGGCUCGCGGCGUGGUUCUUGAGGCACUCCCGGUACAGCGGCUCCCCCCCCGGCCCCGGCCGGCGCCACGGCCGCCGGCUUCACCUGCUUCUUGAGGGCGGCGCCAUUGGGGAACAUGACGGGCUUGUACUUGACGUCCAUGGCUUCCAUGCGACGCGGGCGCCCCCCACUGGGAAGUGGACGCCGUUACCUCCAAACGUGACAACAUGA